UCGCGUGGCCUCAGAAAGCUAUUGGGUUUUCGAUAUUCGAGGAAAAAAUCCCGACUGGUAAAGUCCAGUAGGACCUACGAUGGCAGCUUUCAUCAAGCUGUGGCACCUGUGCUUCUUUUAGGACAAUGCAUAUCUCUGAUGCCGGUAGUUGAAAUCUUCAAUCAAAACUCCAGGAAAACACGAUUUAGAGUGCGAAGUUUUCCGUUCAUUUACUCUAUGCUGUAUAUAGUACUUGGUGGCAUUCACGUGGUUCUCGCUUGUAGAAGAUGCAUUUUAAAGGGAUUGAACCUUGUCUACUUUGGUGACAUUGUCUAUUUGCUGACGGUUUAUACAACAGCAAUUCUUUUUGUUUUUAUUGCCAUCCGUUGGCAUGAUAUAUUAGGGGAAUUUAGCGCUUGCGAAAAUUUUUUUCUGAAGGAUACUUAUAAUACAGUUACCAAACACAUGAUAAAAUGGAAGCUGACGAGGAGGAUUCGGUUGGCCAUGUGUGUGCUAUUGAUGCUAGCAAUAUUUGAAGACUCUUUGUUGUAUUACUCGGUUUAUCAAGCUAAUACGGUGCAUAUGAAGUUUUGUAAUCGGACAAAUGUCAGUUUCUGGGAAAAUUUCUAUAAGCGAACACACCCACAGGUAUUCCGGCUUGUGCCGGUUAGUUACGGAUCUGUGAUCGUCGUAGAGUGGAUAACCAAGUGCAUGCGUUAUACUUGGACGUAUUUGGAUAUUUUCAUAAUAUCGUUUAGUUUCGGAGCUCUGUUCCGGUAUGAGCAAAUCUAUCAGCGAUUGGCUGCAAUUCAAGGCACUGUAUAUCCAGUAAAUUUCUGGCAAGACAUCCGCAGAGACUACCUUGCAGUUUCCCAGUUGGUGUGGUUUCUUGACGACAAAUUCGGUCAUCUGAUUGUGUUGGCCUGCGCCAAUGAUAUGUACUUCAUUGCGACACAGCUGUUUAAUGGAUUUCAACGACGUCCAGCUUUAGCCACCAUGGUUUACUUUUGGUAUUCGUUGAUUUUGUUGAUGUUCCGAACGAUUUGUAUGCUCUAUGCUAGCUCGGGAGUACAUGUUGCAUCAUUAAGUCCGCUUAGUUUGCUGCGGAAUGUACCAUCUAAGAAUUGGAACCUCGAUCUACAACGUUUGGCAGAUGAUGUGGCCUCGGGGGACAAUUUGUUAUCCGGAAAAAGAUUUUUCUAUUUGAAAAGGCAAAUAAUUUUGACAAUGGCUGGUACUCUCGUGACCUAUGAAUUAGUGUUGAUGGAUCAAGUCAAGCAGGCACCUGAUUCUACACAGGAUUGCUCCAUUACUACAGCGCAUAGUUUUAAGAUGGAUGAUUUUUGGUCGGCACUGCGACCGAUUAUUUUUGUUGCACAGAUAUUUUCCCUUUUCCCGAUUGAAGGAGUUUUUUCCAAUGAUGUAAACAGGAUAUUUUUCCGGUGGAUUAGUCUGAGAACUUUAUACUCAUCGAUGUUGCUUGUUUUGUGCGCUUUGGUUAUUAUUGCCCAGGUACACCACGUGGCAAGCACUAGUGUGACAAUUGGAAAAGUUGCUGGUAUUCUGUAUUAUUUUUUUAACUUUUGUGGCUUGAUUUGCUUCUUCGUAGUUGCGAUUCAAUGGCGAACAGUUUUGAUGAAAUGGCGUAUGUGCGAGGAAGUUUUCUUGCAUUCACCGUACAAGAUGAGGGAACGGAGUUUAAAGUUUCACGUUCGAGGCGUUGGCUCAAUUAUGUUAGUUUUGGCAUUACUGGAAGACCUUAUACAUGUAGUAUCAUGUUACGUAAGCAAUCAAGACUAUAUUAACCGUUGUGACAACAGCACAUCAUUCUGGGAAUCGUUUUACGUUCGCGAACAGUAUCAGAUUUUUGGAUAUAUUAAGUUUAGUCCAGCAUUGGCUGUACUGAGUGAGUUUGUACACAAAGUUUACCUUGUCACGUGGACAUUCAUGGACCUCUUCGUGACGCUAGUUAGUUUGAGUCUUUCUACGAGAUUCGAACAGUUUUAUGCCAGAAUUGAACACUUGAAAGGAAAGCCGAUGCCGGAUUUAUUUUGGGCGGAAGUGAGACAGGAUUACACACGUUUGUCUAACCUGGUAGCUCACAUGGAUGGAGUUCUAUCUCCAAUGAUUUUGGUUACAUGUUGCUCAGACAUUUUCUUCAUAACUUAUCAGUUCUACAUGUCCGUCCAGCUUGAUGCUUCACCGUCAUCUACCUUUUACUAUCGGAUUUCAUUGGCAUUUUUGGUACUGAAAACGCUGGUGAUGCUGCUUGCUUCCUCGCACAUAUAUGUCGCAUCUAGAAAACCGCUGACAGUUUUGCGGGCGGUUCCGUUAGAUUCCUGGACCACAAAUGUUCAACGAUUCAUAAACGAGAUUUUGAACAUUGACAACGCACUUUCGGGACACCAGUUCUUCUACCUCAAGCGAAAGGUUAUAUUGGCGAUGGCUGGAACGAUAAUUACGUAUGAGUUGGUGAUGCUAAGUGAUAAGGAAAUUACUAAGGUAGAUCUCUGUGCUGGGACUCAUCGAUUUUUUAAAUUUGUUUUUAAGUGAUCUAGUUCAAUCACCGAAAACAUCGUGGAUAGAGUUUUGACCCUUCGUGAAAAUGCAGGCGUUUUGGUGUUUCACAAUAGAAUUUGCAUCUAUUAAACAUGUUUUCAAUUACCAAACCAAAUAAGAAUUGCUUUUGUA